AUGGAGAACCUCUCGCCGGAAUCCAAGGCCUUGUACCAGCUCCUCCGAUCGGAGACGAAGGAGGAGUACGAGAUCCGCUUCGCCUCGUACAAGAAGGAAUUGCUCGAUGCGGUCAAGGUGUUCGUCGACGACACUACGGAGCAGAUCACGGACGUCCGCACCACCGUCGAUGGCGUUCGCUCGGCGGUGAGCACCGAUCUUCAGGCGGCGAAGGAGUCCCUCGGCGCCGAGCUCGACGCCGUCAAGACCUCCCUCAGCUCCGAGAUCGCCGGACUAGCGGCUGCUGUGGAUCGAGCGAUGCGCUGCGAUCCAGGAGCCGUGGCGGGAAGGACGUCGUCAUCCGCAUCCAAGGAGAUCGACGCUCGUACCGCCGGCCCUGAAGGGCGCCACUGGGAUCCACAAAACCGGGGAACGAACUGUGCUCAGCACACGAAUUCCCCGGAAGGAGGUACAAAUUUCGACCGCAAUUUUUUCCCCCAGCGCCACUACAACAAUUCGCGUUUGCCUGGCAGUGAUUCUCAUAAUUUUGCUUCUGGUUUCCGUUCCGAUCUGCCUCACUUCGAUGGAGCCAACCCUAAACUGUGGCAACGGCGUUGUGAGGAACAAUUUCGGAGGAAUCUGACGGCCUCCAACCUCUGGGUUACCCUUGCGGCUGAUCAAUUCAUGGGCGCAGCAGCAACUUGGCUAGAGGCAUUCUUACAUCAGUAUCCGCAACCCAGUUGGAUGCAGUUCACAGAAGCUGUCCUGGCUCGAUUCAGUAGAAACCAACAUCCGAUACUCUGUCGGCGUCUGUUUCACAUCAAGCAGGAAACUACUAUCGAGGAUUAUGUAUCUCGCUUCUCUGAGUUGAUGGAUCAGAUCUCUGUAUAUGAGGGCAAGCCAGAUCCAGUUCAUUACACAACCAAGUUCAUCGAUGGGUUACAAUCUUCAGUACGGGUUCUCGUGGCAAUUCAGCAGCCGAAAACUUUGAAAGUGGCUUAUUCCUUGGCUCUUCUGUAUGAGGAAUUGGGCGAUGACAAUCAGCAACGAUUUCAGCCAAUAGCUGCAUCUGCUUCGAGAAGGUCCAUCUCUGCACCACCACCUCCACCGCCUCCACCUUCCAAGUGGGUUUCUCGAACAGUGGAGGAGAAGAAGGUUGUCGACAGUCAGAAGCCUGCUAGUGUCGACAAAUGGAACAGCCUCAGAGCCUACCGCCGCUCUAAGAAUUUGUGUUUCACUUGUGGAGAGAAGUACAGUCGUGAACAUCAGUGCAAGUCAGCCAUUCAGUUACAUGUGGUGCAGGAAAUGAUUGAUUACAUGAGAUCAUGCACAGAUAGUGAUGAAGAUACUCUAGAAGCUGAUCAAGAGCCUGUAAAUCAGCAGGUGAUGAUGCUUUCUGUGGCAGCAGUUAGCCCAGAGAUUAGUGCGCCAAGAACCAUGCAGUUAAAGGUACACAUCCAGGGACACGAUUUCCUAUUCCUUGUUGAUUCUGGUAGUUCAGCUUGUUUCAUCGAUGAGGAGAAGGCCAAGCUUCUGACAGGCCUACACCGUUUACCUAACCCAGUGUCAGUUAAGGUAGCGGGGGGUGCUGUGUUACAGAGUACCACUUUUUUCCCUGAUCUCCAGUGGUCAGCUGAUGGUGCCAAUUUCUCAGAUACCUUCCGGGUGCUACGUUUGGGUAGCUAUGAUGGUAUUAUAGGCUUGGACUGGCUGGGCAAGUACAGUCCUAUGACGACUCAUUGGGAGCAAGGAUGGCUUGGCAUUCAACAUGAAGGGCGACAGGUUAUCCUGCAUGGAGAAGGGGAAAUUCUGUCGACACAUGCCUUGAUUGAAUUGCAUCUCAUCAGGGAAGGCCAAACAGAUCAGCCAGUUGAGCUACCUCGUGAAGUACAGUCAGUACUGGAUCAGUAUUCGACAGUUUUUGAUGCACCUACUGGCCUACCACCGCGCCGCCUCUAUGAUCAUCAUAUUCCAUUGAUUCCAGGGGCACGUCCAGUCUCGGCAGACCAUACUUGGCGCCUGGUGGUGGAUUACCGUCACCUCAAUGCACUGACGGUGAAGGGAAAGUAUCCACUACCAAUAAUUGAUGAGUUACUGGAUGAGCUCGCCGGCGCACACUGGUUUUCUAAGCUCGAUCUCAGGGCUGGCUAUCAUCAGAUUCGACUGGCGCCUGGUGAAGAGUAUAAAACGGCCUUCCAAUCGCACAAUGGCCACUAUGAGUUCAAAGUUAUGGCGUUUGGACUGACAGGCGCCCCAGCCACCUUCCAGCACGCCAUGAACGCGUCCCUUGCCCCUCGUGAUCAGUGGCAAGUAAAGCGUUCCAAGUGCGCUUUUGCUCAGCAGCGAGUUGCUUAUCUGGGACAUGUUAUCUCUGGUGAAGGUGUAGCAACAGAUGACACUAAAAUUCAGACGAUCAAAGAGUGGCCAACGCCUACAACACUCAAGGAACUAAGGGGGUUCCUAGGCCUAGCUGGGUAUUACCGCAAGUUUAUCAAGCAUUAUGCUAUCCUGAGUCAACCUUUAACCAAUCUCCUGAAAAAAGGUGUGAUGUUUAUUUGGACAGAGGAUACUGAAACUGCUUUUCAAGUUCUGAAGUCUGCGCUUAUGUCGGCACCAGUCUUGGCACUUCCCAACUUCUCGCUGCAGUUCACCAUUGACACUGACGCAUGUGAUGUUGGUAUUGGAGCAGUACUCUCUCAACAAGGUCAUCCAUUGGCUUAUGUGAGCAGGGCAUUGGGUCCACGGAAUCGUACACUCUCAGUGUAUGAAAAGGAGUACCUGGCUAUUCUCUUAGCAGUUCAACAGUGGCGCUCCUAUCUGCAGGUUGGAGAGUUUAUUAUCAGAACCGACCACAAAAUCUUAACUCACCUCACUGAUCAGCGCUUGCACACCGAGUGGCAGCAGAAGGCUCUGACCAAGUUAAUGGGGUUACAGUAUAAGGUGCAGUACAAAAAGGGAAUUCACAAUGGUGCAGCUGAUGCUUUGUCACGCAGACCAAAUUCAGAUUCCCAGCUGUUCUCUGUUACGACAAUCCAGCCUAGUUGGUUGUCCAAGGUACAAGCGAGCUACAGCUCCGAUGCCACAGCCCAGAAAAUUUUGCAGAAACUGGCGGUCGACCCCGAGUCGGAUGAACAUUAUACCUUGAAGCACGGUAUCUUGCGCCACAAGGGAAGGAUUUGGGUAGGCAACGACUUGGUGCUCCAGCAACAGAUUAUCUCUGCCUUCCAUGACAGUCCGCAAGGGGGUCACUCUGGGUUUCCAGUUACCUAUCGUAGGCUCAUUUCCCUCUUCAGUUGGCCAGCAAUGAAAACCAUGACUAAGGAUUACGUCCGCUGUUGUCACAUCUGUCAACAAGCAAAACCUGAACGAUUGCCACCUGCUGGUCUUCUGCAACCGCUCCCUGUUCCAUCUGCACCAUGGGAGGUAGCUACUAUGGAUUUCAUUGAUGGACUUCCCAAGUCCCGGGGCUACAACUGCAUCUUGGUAGUGGUUGACAAGUUCAGUAAGUAUGCACAUUUUAUUCCUCUCAGCCACCCUUACACAGCUAGCAAGGUUGCAGAGCUGUUUGUUGACAAUGUUUAUCGUCUGCAUGGCAUGCCUAAGUCACUGGUAUCUGAUCGCGAUCCCAUUUUUACAAGCAUUUUCUGGCAGUCCGUUUUCCGAGCAACUGGAACACAACUCAAAAUGAGUACUACUAAUCAUCCUGAGACUGAUGGCCAGACAGAGCGAGUGAAUCAGUCGCUGGAAUGUUACCUGAGGUGCUUCAUCAGUUCACAACCACAUCACUGGAGCAAGUGGAUUGCCUUGAGUGAGUUCUGGUAUAAUACAAAUUGGCAUUCCUCGCUUGGUAAAACUCCCUUCGAGCUGUUGUAUGGGCGACAGCCUCGUUACUUUGGCGUUACCGCGACCGACAAGAUAGCUUCCCAGGAUGUGCAAGAAUGGCUCCAGGAGCGUUCCCUGAUCAUUGCGUCCGUGCGUCAGCACCUACUCCGGAUGCAGCAGAGGAUGAAAGCGCAGGCUGACAAGCAUCGCACCGAGAGGACAUUCGAUGUGGGUGCUAUGGUUUUCUUGCGACUCCAGCCCUAUCUUCAGUCGUCGGUUGCUCGCCGCGCAAACCACAAGUUAGCAUUCAAGUUCUUCGGUCCCCUCCGUGUUCUGGAACGUGUAGGGCAAGUGGCGUACAAGUUGGAGUUGCCCAGUACGAGCAAGAUCCAUCCCGUCUUCCAUGUGUCCCAGCUGAAGCAGUGCAUUGGACCGGCGCAACAGGUAUCUCCGGUCCUUCCUCCACCUGACGCUUUGUUUCAGAUUCUCGUCGAGUCUGCGCAGCAGCGCGUGCGCCAGAAGGGAAUUCGUACGGUCGCUCAAGCUCUCGUCCAAUGGAGCGGUGGCACUGAGGAUCAAGCAACCUGGGAGGACAUGGACGCUCUUCGUCAGCAGUUCCCUUAUGCACCUGCUUGGGGACAAGCAGGGUUUCAAGAGGAGGGGAUUGUCAGCGGUCCAGCCAUACACGAGGAGAAGUCCACUUCAUCUGAAGAUGGAGGUCCAGCUACACACGAGGAGAAGUCCACUUCGACCGAAGACGGUGGACCAGCACAAGCCCGGCCCAAGCGCGACAAGCGGGCCCCAUCCUGGCUGGCAGAUGGCCAUUAG